AUGACCGUCUCUCCAGACGGACAGCGACUGACCUUUUGGGUUCAGCAGAACCGGACCAUCUUUACCUACGACGUCCCAUCGGCGCUCUGGCUCACAGAGCGACCACUCCCAGAAAUCACCUCCAAGUACCGCAAGGAAAUCUUGCAGUCUGCUACAGAUCCGUCCACAGGGUUAAUAUACUCUCCAAGCGGGUCUGCCAAUGGAACCAGCAUGUUUGUGUACAAUCCUACAACCAACUCUCCUACGUACCUGACUAUGCCAGCACAGUCUGUCAUCAAUGGCACUAUCAGCGGAUACUCGUUCCAGUGGUGUGCUCACAGGAAGAGUAUGCUUCUUUACGGCGGUGACGAUGCAGACCCCGACCGUGAUAAUAAACCGGUCAAAUACAGCAACCCUUACCUGAUCGAGUACUCAUCCCUGACCAACAAUUGGGCCCGUCUGACAACGUCAGGACCAUCGCCCGGACCCGUCAUUUACCACUGCAUGGCAUCAGCAUAUGGUGGGAAGAUGGUCGUAUUUGGUGGCGAGCUCUAUCUGGAGCAUCCUCGAGGCUCUAUCGUUAUCUUGGAUGUCCCGACUCUGACCUGGACGCAAGGUCCCGAUAUUGAUAACCCUCUGAGCCGUUCAAGUGCUGCCUGCACUGUCGCCGGUGAUAACUUUGUUGUCUGGGGUGGACGGGAAAAGGAGUACCGACUCAAACAGCCACCCUCGGAACCAGACGAGCACAACCCUCAGGCCAUUACACUAGAAUCGCUCAAGUACUCACCGGAACCCAGACAUCCAGAGUAUAUCACCCCACAGGUUCAAAACGACUUAUUCUACCUACAGAACAAUGCAACACGAGAAAACAACAACCCCCAGUUUGGCCUUCGAUUGCUUUACGAGGCAAUACCUGCUUCAGAGCAACCGAGGGGUCCUCAGUUUCGGAUGGGUGCGCCUCAGGAGGAUGCGUAUGUGCGGCAUAGUCAACCACAGAACUAUAAUGUUAACCAAAGGAUGGUGGUUGUCAGUCCACAGGCACAGGCACAGGCACGGAUGAUACAGUUGCAACAACAACAACAACAACAACAACAACAACAACAACAACAACAACAACAACAACAACAAAAAUUGCUGCAACUUCAGCAAUAUCAACCAUUGUCUCUUGCAGCAAAACAACAGCUAUACUUGGAUGAACUCGAUCGGUUGAGGAUAGAUGCGAUGAACAACUUCACGAGGAUGAUGGUGUACAACUUUGUGACGGGAGCUACGACUUCGACGCCUAUGCCUUCGGUCAAGUUGUUGAAAUUGCCAGUGGGACAGUAUGCAUGGGCAUGGAAUGGGGUCAGACAGAGUAUGUUGCUCCAUGGAGGUGCCAACUAUCGGAAUAUAACGAAGCCCUUUGCCAACCCCAACCUUCUCGAGUUCUUGCCCACCACAUCCAAAUGGCGGAGAUUAACGACAAAGGGUCAGCGACCACCUACAUUGACGGAGCACUGUAUGGUUGCGGCUCAAGGAGGCAGCAAGAUGGUGCUGUACGGAGGAACACUCGUCGACGUCAAUAGUACACUUCAGGGAGAUGUUUAUAUUCUCGACAUCGCCACACUGACCUGGACUAAGGGUCCUCCGCCACCAGGCAACUCUCAGUUCCGUCGAAACAUGGCGUGCACAGCCGCUGGAAACAACUUUGUCGUCUGGGGAGGACAAUCGUUUAAUUACACAUUCUUGGACACUGCAGUGUUUGAUCUCAGGAGCAACCAGUGGACAAAUCAGUUCUUGCUGGAUACACCAACACCCAUAUCCACCACUCCAGUAGAGAGCCCCACACCCACCAAUACCGGCGACGACAACACCAACAGUGAAAACAGUACCAGCAACGCUCAUAGGAGGACAAUCUCCAUCAUUGCCGGCGUAGCAUCAUCUCUUGGCCUUUUAUUCCUCGGCGCAUGUAUUUUCAUCUGUCUCCGCAGACGCAGGCAUAACAACGGCGGCACGGGUUUCAGUCGGAUCCAGAACGUCAACAUGAACAACAAACCCAAUCGUGCAUCCAAGCGCCUGAGCAACCGCGGAGGAGGACCUGCUACUGGCAACCCACCCAGAGACCCACACGAAGUCAUGAGUCUCCAACACCAACUUUUCGAACAGGAACGGAGGUCUCAAGAAAAGAGCAUCUCGAGAUCCAACAGUGAGAAAUCGGAUACUGUCCAGUUGUUGUCGCCCACCACGACAGAUCACUCUGGUACCCUUGUCGGGUCGGGUGGAGGAGGAGGGAGAAGGGAGUCGAAGGAGGAGUGGAUGAGGAGACAGAGGGCGGAGGUGGAUCAGGAACGGCAAGCGUUAGCGGAGAUUCAGUUGCAGCAGUUGGAGUAUCAGAGGCAGCUGGAUGCCCUCAGGUCUGAGGCUUAUACCCGGUAG